UGUGGUAUCUCCACUGCCCGCUUCCCCCGACAAAGUCCGAGGGCGCGGGCACGGGAGAGGAGCACGAAGCCAAGAGACCGUAGAAGGACAGGAAAGCAGCGCGCGACGUGCUAGAAGAAAAAGGCAGGGAGAGAAACUGAGGCAGAAAGCUUGAGAGAGAAAGAGGUGCCGAGUGAAGGACCAAGCCAGGACCGCGGGGAGCGGCAACCGGGCCUCACCCCGAAAAGUAGCCGAUUCUCGCCUACUCCGAGUCAGCCCCACGCCGCGCGGGCGUCUCUCGUAGCCAAGCCGUCCCCAGGCCGCCCCAGCUCCCUGCCCGGGCCUCGCUCCCGGCCCCGAACGGCCUCGCCUGGCCGCCUGCGGGCGGACCCGGCCCCCGCGCCAGCCCCCAACGCUGCAGGGAGGAGGGAGCGCGAGCGAGCGAGGGAGGGGCUGCGGGAGGAGGCAACCAUGUGGCUCCAGCUCAGCGUUUUCCCCCCUCUCUCUUUCUUCACUCCUUUUUCUUUCCAAACAGGGAAAAGUGUUCCACGAAGCGGUAGCGCCUUUCUGCCUCGGCUGUGCCUCCCUGACCCUGCUGCGGGCUUCCAUCCCGGCGUGAGCUGUUCGGGAGAGCGCUGGAAGUCCCUCUGCGCCCCGGAGCGCAGGGCGCGGGGAUCUGGGCGCGGGGCCGCCUCCCGCGGCCGCACAUGGCUGCUGCCGCCCCGCGCGCACCCCAAGGCACCGCGCCCUGCUCGCCUAAGGUGCGUCUGCUGCACCCCGUCGCCAGCGAGCCAGGCAGUAGCUGAGCGGGGACGUGCCCGCUUCCAGGGACCGGGAUGUCCCUCCUCCUCCUCUUGCUAGUUUCCUUUAAUGUUGGAACCCUGGGAACUCACACUGAGAUCAAGAGAGUGGCAGAGGAGAAGGUCACUCUACCCUGUCACCAUCAACUGGGGCUCCCAGAAAAAGACACCCUGGAUAUUGAAUGGCUGCUCACCGAUAACGAAGGGAAUCAAAAAGUGGUGAUCACUUACUCCAGCCGUCAUGUCUACAACAACCUGACUGAGGAACAGAAGGGUCGAGUAGCCUUUGCUUCCAAUUUCCUGGCAGGAGAUGCCUCUCUGCAGAUUGAGCCUUUGAAGCCCAGUGAUGAGGGCAGGUACACCUGUAAGGUGAAGAAUUCAGGGCGCUAUGUGUGGAGCCAUGUCAUCCUAAAAGUCUUAGUGAGACCUUCUAAGCCCAAGUGUGAGUUGGAAGGAGAGCUGACAGAAGGAAGUGACCUGACUUUACAGUGUGAGUCAUCCUCUGGCACAAAACCCAUUGUCUACUACUGGCAGCGAAUCAAGGAAAAGGAGGGAGAAGAUGAACAUCUGCCUCCCAAAUCCAGAAUUGACUACAACAACCCUGGGCGAGUUCUGCUGCAGAAUCUCACCAUGUCCUCUUCCGGACUCUAUCAGUGCACGGCAGGCAAUGAGGCUGGAAAGGAAAGCUGUGUGGUACGAGUCACGGUGCAGUAUGUACAAAGCAUCGGCAUGGUUGCAGGAGCAGUGACAGGCAUAGUAGCUGGAGCUCUGCUCAUUUUCCUCUUGAUAUGGCUGCUAAUCCGAAGGAAAGAUAAAAAGAGAUAUGAGGAAGAAGAGAGACCUAAUGAGAUUCGAGAAGAUGCUGAAGCCCCGAAAGCCCGCCUUGUGAAACCCAGCUCCUCAUCCUCAGGCUCUCAGAGCUCACGCUCUGGCUCUUCCUCUACUCAUUCCACAGCAAACAGUACCUCACACAGCCAACGGACACUGUCGACUGAUGCAGCACCCCAGCCAGGGCUGGCCACCCGGGCGUACGGCCUAAUGAGGCCAGAAGCAAAAGCUUCCGAACCAAAGAAAGUCCAGCACGCUACUCUGACCAAAGCAGAAACCGCAUCCAGCAUGACCCCCAGCCAGAGCAGAGCCUUCCAAACUGUGUGAAUUAACGUGAACUUGACUCCCAUGCUUGCCUAGAAUCAGGUCUUAGGACUCUACUAGCCAUUGGAGCUCAGCCACCAGCCACACCCCCCUUCAGAUCAGAUAAGGUGUCAUUUAAGUUGCAGUGAGCAUUGUGUGGAAUAGACUGACGAAUGCUUUCCUUGCGUGACACCAGAUAAGCAAAGGGAUGCAAGCUGAUUAUCUCCACAAAGGCAUGCCACUAUGCCUUUAGAUU